AUGGCUUGCCAACACUAUUCAAACAACAACCUGCUAAUAUUUGAGUGCUGCAAAAAAGCAUAUCCAUGCCGAUUGUGCCACGACAUGAAUGAGAUACACAGGUCGAAUAGAUACGAGAUAUCGAAGAUGCAGUGCAUAUUGUGCAACACCAAGCAGCAAGCCUCACAGAGGUGCUUGGCAUGCAACACAGAGGUAUCUCGGUAUUAUUGUAAUAAAUGCAACCUAUGGGAUAGUUCUGGAGACAGAAUUUUCCAUUGUGAAGAAUGCAAAGUGUGCAGACGAGGAAAUGCAGAGGAUGCAUUUCACUGUGAUGCUUGCCAAACAUGCCUUCUGAUAAACGGAUCAAGAGAGCAUGUUCAUGUGGAGAAUGCAACGGGAAGAAAUUGCCCGAUAUGUGCAGAAGGAAUGCAUGAAUGCACAGAAGUUCUUGUGCUUCUCAGAUGCGGGCAUAGCAUGCAUGAAAGCUGCCUUCUAGACUAUAUGAAGAAGGCAUACACAUGUCCUAUAUGUUCAAAGCCAAUGGGAAAUACGUCGAUGGUUGAUGCAAAGAUCAGAUGUCUUGUGGACAGCGAAGCGGAAUUGUUUAGUGGCGUAGCGGAGCUGUGCUCUAUCGAAUGUGGUGAUUGUGGCAAUCCAUCUAAGGCUGUCCGUGGGAUUGUGUACAAUAGAUGUCCGUUCUGUGGCUCAUGCAACACAAUAGCUAUGGCGUGUAGAGAGCAACAAGCAGCUUGA